AUGGCUAAAGAUUUGGGAUAUGGCGAUGGGUAUGAUGUGAGUUUUUUUGGUGAAGAGUUUGGAGCUGGAAGACUUAUUCAAAUAAUAUCAGAUAGUACGCUUUUAGCUUGUAUGAGCAUGGUACCUAAAAGCAAUAGCAGGGUGAUAGUUUUGUACUUGAAAGUAGUGAGUCUGACUUCAAGCCAAGUGGGGAAUGAUAGCAGUGAUCCAGAAUAUUGUUGUUCUGAGGACGAUGAUAGCAGUGAUCCAGACUUUGAAGACAGUGACUAUGCACAGAGUGAUGAAGAGAUUGACUUAUUGAAGAAGGAUGAUAAGUGGCUCGAAGGUUAUGUGGAUCAUAGUUGUACUGACAAUGAUCCUAAUGCAGAGGAAAAUGAUGAGUCAGACAAUGGAGAAGAGUCACCUACACUUACCUGCCCAAAUAGCUUUUCAAGUGAAGAUGAAGCAGUAGGUGAACUAAGAAGGAAGAAGAAUAGAAUGCCAAAAAGUGAAGAUUUCAGACCUGAAGUUGAUAUGGCAAACCCAAGUUUCAAACCAGGUUUAAAGUUUGCAACUGCCGAGAUAUUUAGAAAAGCUGUGAGGAUAUACUCCAUUAAUUGUGGAAGGGAGUUGAUAUUUAUGAAUAAUGACCGUAACAAAAUAAGAGUAGUUUGUGAAGAGGGCUGUCCUUUUGUUAUCCAUUCUUUAAGUGUUAGUGGUAGCACUUAUCUGCAGGCGAAAACCUUUAAUCCUACACAUGUUUGUAGUAAAGGGAGUAAAAAUAUACAUGCCACUGCUAGCUGGUUGGCUGAAAGAUAUUCUGGGCAGUUAAGGCUUAAUCCAAAUUGGACUGCUUCUUCUUUUGCAGAGCAAGUUUACCAAGACUAUGGUUACAGACCAUCUAGAGCAACUGUGUACAGAGCAAGAGUCAUGGCAGUUGACAUUGUAGAGGGGUCUUACAGUAAACAAUAUGAAGUUUUGUGGGAUUAUUGUCAUGAGUUAAGAACCAGAAAUCUUGGAAGUAUAGUUAUCAUUAAAUCUGAAAUGGAAGGUGAUAGGCCUCGGUUUCAGAGGAUUUACAUCUGUCUUGUAGCCUGCAAGAAGGGGUUUUUAGAUGGUUGUAGGCCUGUGGUUUGCUUGGAUGGGUGUCAUGUCAAAGGGCCUCACCCCGAGCAAGUGCUUUCUGCAAUGGGAGUUUAUGCAAACAAUGGUAUGUUUCCACUUGCCUAUGCAUAUGUAGAGAAUGAGAGCAAUUCAACGUGGCUGUGGUUUUUAGAAUUAUUGAGUGGUGAUCUGAAUAUUAGGAAUAGCCAGGGUUAUGUAUUUAUGACUGACAAACAAAAGGGUUUAAUAGAUGUUGUGGAUGCUCUAUUCCCUCAUGCAGAGCAUAGACAUUGUUUGAAACAUCUGUAUGGAAACUUCUAUUUGGAACAUAGAGGUCUUGCUUUGCAACAUCAAAUGGAAGCAACUGCUAGGGCCACAACAGUGCCAUGGUUUCAUGCAGAGAUGAGAAAGAUGUUGGAAUUGUCUAAACCUGCACAUGAUUGGCUUGCAGAGAAAGAUCCUAGGCAUUGGAGUAGGGCAUAUUUCAAGACUGAUCCCAAGUGUGACAUGCUUAUGAACAACCUCUGUGAGGCAUUCAACCAUAGCAUAAUGGAUGUCAGAGACAAGCCUGUUUUGACUAUGCUAGAAAGAAUUCGUUUGUACAUAAUGUUGUUGAUGGCUGGAAGAAGGGUUUUCUGUGAGAAAUGGGAUGGACAAGUUGGGCCAAGAAUUAGAAAAAUAUUAGAGAAAAACAAAGGAAAAGCUCAGUGGUGCAUUCCUAAGGCUGCUGGACAGAAUAGGUUUGAAGUGAUGCACCAUAGUGGCCGCAACUUUGCUGUUGAUUUGAAUGCCCACUCUUGUUCAUGCCGUGCCUGGGAUUUGAAUGGAAUACCAUGUUUGCAUGCUUGUGCUGCAAUAAGUUGGUUUCAUGGGAAUCCAGAGGACUUUUGUGAUGUAGUGUACAAAAAAGAGGCUUAUUUGAGAGCCUAUGAACCAAUGAUUAUGCCUAUGACUAGCCAAGAUCAGUGGAUGAAGAUUAAUUUAGCUCCAUUACUCCCUCCAAAAUACCACAAGCAGCCUGGAACCUAG